AUGGCUUAUCGGGCGUGGGAGGAAGAUUACAGCAGAGAGACACAAGUUAUUGAGAAGGGAGAUUCUACGGAAGAAAAAGAAUUUUGUAUGCCGAGUCAGGUACCUGGUUUAUCAAGUCUACAGACUGACGGAAGAAGCACUCAGGCUGAGGUAUGUCCUACCCUGACUAUCCGAGAUCCUUUUAACUCAGUGAAAGAGGGAUUCAAAGCUUUCCCCCAGAGGCCCUGGGAUCUUUCAGCGAGUCUCUGGGGUGAUCCCCCCAUUUCCUGGUGGAACAGGGAGGGUUCUCUGCUUGGCAUGGAAAGCUUUGUCCUUCUGGCUCAUAUUCUUAGUGAGUGGGAGGCUAUGGACAGGGGCCUUUGGGCAUGACAACCUAUGAAGGGGAGCAGAAACCUUUGGUCCAAGGGAUGAAACUAGGUGGCUAUGCCUCUAAAUCUGGCACCUAGCAUUUUCCAAGGGAGGUGGGGUUUGAGAUGUGCUUGGGUGUCCAGAGAAGCUGGCAAAGACAACAGGAAGGGCUUUGUGUGCUUCAAGGUCCUAAAGAGAAAGAACAUCAUGCAGUGGGCAGAGUAAAUGCCAAUUUCCAGCUAGGAUUAGAAUCAUAGCAUUGUGGAGUUGGAAGGGACCCUCAGGAUCAUCCAGUCUGACCCCCCGCAAUGUAGGAAUAUGCAGCUGUCCCAUAAGGGGAUCGAACCUACAACCAUGGCAUUAUCAGCACCACUCUCUAACCAGCUGAGCUAUCCAGCUGAUCAUUAAGGUCACUCAACAUACUAUGUUCAAGCAUAGAGGGUGGAGAAAAGUGAAACAUUUAAUGGGAGCUUCCAUCUAGAGAUGCUCCUCCCACUUUUCAAUCUCAUUGGCUGGUUGGUUGGGCUUAGGAGAGAUGACCUUUCCCUUGUACCUACUUUUUGUAAAAUUAUUUUUGAUUUCUACUAGUAGUGAUGGAGUUCAUACAUGUGGUAGUGUAGCAGAAUUAUGCAAAGUUGUCUGCUAAAACAAGGGCCAGUAACUGCCUAACCUACCUCACAGGGCUGUUGUAGGGAUUAAAUGAGGAUGAGCAGAACCAUAUACACCACCUUGAGUGAAGGAGAAAUGAGGAUAUCUUCUGCAUCUGAACUAUGGCAUCCUCCCUGUGAAACAUUUUUUCUGAUACCCUGGUCUUGAUUGUCCUCAUCCAAGCCUACCAUACUAAAACUCAAAGACGCCCUGGUUGUAACUGUCCAAGGAUUCCAGCAUCUGGUCAGUUCCAGGCCAAGCCAAAUUCUUCUUAGAUCCCCCAGGGGGAACAGGUUUUGUUGCUGUUCUAGUCCAUUAAAUAACGUAAAAGUGGGUGGAGGGGGAGAGGGGGGAGGAACAAAUUUUGUUCUUAUUUGUUUUGUGGGGAACAAAUAGUGCAGUCUAGCUAUUCCCCGAUCUUCAUCAGGUGCAUUAAAUGCAUGGUGACAAUGUGAUCAAAAUAUCACCAAAGCUCCAUGGAAUUCACCCACAACCAAUAACUAAGCAUAUCUGUGAUGGUUGACUGACCCAACCCAAAGAAUGCUUACUAACGGUUUCUCUUCAUCCUGGGUGUGGGGGGAAGUGUCAAGUGGGGUGAGACAGGAUUCUGUCCUGGGUCUAUUGUUGUGCAACAUCCUUAUAAAAAUGACUUGGUUGAGGGAAUUGAAGGAGUGCUCAUCCAAUUUUCAGAUGGCACCAAAAUUGAGAGAGGUAGCUAAUUCUACAGAAGACAGAAUCGGGAUCGAAGAUGACUUUAACAGAUUGGGGAACCGAGUCCGAACUAACAUAUUGAAUUUCAAUAGGGGCAAAUGUAAGGUUCUGCACUUAGGCAGGAACAACCAUCCCCUGAGGCGCUUCUUCAUGUGCCUCCUCUAGGAGAAGUCUGAAGGGCAUUUUCUGCAGUAGCUCCUUGCUUGUGGACUGCUCUCCCCAGGAAGGCUUGCCUGGUACCUUCAUUACAUAUCAUUAGGCGCCAAGCAAAAAUGUUUCUCUCUAACAAUGCACCUGACUGAUUAACAUUCUGUGGCUUUUAAAAGUAUCUAUGGGGAGGGGGUGUUAUUGAUUUGUUUUUGUUUUAUUAUGUAUUUUGUAUUUUCAUUUUGCGUUUUCUGUUGUGAACCACCCUAGAAUAUUUGGAUGAAGGGCAAUAAGCAAAUUAAUUAAUUAAUAACCAGCAGAACGAAUAUAAGAUAUGUGACAAAUAUAAGAUAGUAGACCACAAGCUUCACAAGAGUCAACAGUGUGAUACAGUAGCAAUAAAGUUAAUGCUAUUCUAGGCUACAUCAACAGAAGUCUAGCAUCCCAAUUAAGGGAAAAAAUAAUGCUGCUAUAUUCUGCCUUGGUCAGACCACACCUGGAGUACUGUGUCCAUUUCUGGGCAUUACAAUUUAAGAAGGAUAUUGAGAAGUUGGAGCAUUGGCAGAUCAGGGCUAGUAAAAUUAUCAAUGGUCUGGAAACCUAGCCUUGUGAGGAACAGUUUAGAAUAAUAGAAUUCCAGAGCUGGAAGGGACCUUGUGGAUCAUCUAGUCCAAACCCAUGCAAUGCAAGAAUAUGCAGCUGUCCCAUAUGGGGUGUAUCAGCCAUAGUAUAUCAGCACCAUGUUCUAGUCUAACUCUUUAGGGAGCUGGGGUUUUUCAGCAUGGGUAAGAGGAGACCCAGAGGAGAUAUGAUAACCAUCUUCAACCAUCUAAAGGGCUGUCACAUGAAAGAUGGAGCAAGUUUGUUUUCUCCUGCUCCAGAAGUUAGGACCAGAAACAAUGGCUUCAGCUUACAAGAAAGGAGAUUCUGGCUAAACAACAGGAAGAACUUUCUGAUGGUAAGAGCUGUUUGACAGUGGGUAAGACUCCCUUGGGAGGUUGUGGACUCUCCUUCCUAGGAGGUUUUUAAGCAGAGGUUGGACGGCAACCUGCCAUGGAUACUUACUUGAAAUUCCUGCAUUGCAGUGGGUUGAACUAGAUCAGGCUUCCUCAACCUCGGCCCUCCAGAUGUUUUGAGACUACAAUUCCCAGCAUCCCUGACCACUGGUCCUGCUAGCUAGGGAUCGUGGGAGUUGUAGGCCAAAAACAUCUGGAGGGCCGAGGUUGAGGAAGCCUGAGGAAGGUUGAGGAAGAUGAUCUUUGGGGUCCCUUCCAACUCUACAAUUCUAUGAUGGAACAGAAGCGCACCUGCAGAAAUAAUUUGUUCUUUCCUGCCUCCCAUAAUUGGCUUUCCCUAGACAGAUGCCUCAGUCACCAUGUGCCUUGGAGACCUGUUGUCUCCCAGCCCUUGAAUAAUAGGUACGUCUCCCUAAACCAUUAACUUCAACUCACUUUUUUGCUCUUGGCCCAGAUGUGGUAAUAAUAUACUAGACAGCAAGUUCUCAUUUUCUUUCUUCCACGAAGACUGAAGUCAGGUGAUUCAUCAGAAUAUAAAGCAAGAUGAUUCCACAUGAAAGCCAGGGUGGAGUUUAAAUAAUUAUAACUAAUGGCAUUUUUAUCCUAGUCUUUCUACAAGGAGUUCAAGAAGUACCAGGUUCACAGUCUUCCCACCACCACAAUUUCAUCCUCAUGACAAUCCUAGGUUAGGUAGAAUAGUGGCUGGCCCCAGUCACACCCAGCUAGCUUCACAGCUAAGUGGGAUUUGAACCCAGACUCACCACUGCUCAUCAGGCUCUCUAACCACUAUUCAUAGACUACCACAGAUAUAAUCCUUGAAUGAAGGGCAAUCUUCUACUCUUAAGGCAUAUGCCCUGACUUACUGUCAUCUUGAUACUUUUGGAAACCAUAGCUCAAUGACUGAGCACAUGCUCUACAUGUUGAAGGUGUAACAAUAACAAUAAUAAUAAUUUAUUUAUUUAUUUAUACCCCACCCAUCUGGCUGGGUUUCCCCAGCCACUCUGGGCAGCUUCCAACCGAAUAUUAAAAACACAAUACAGCAUUAAACGUUAAAAACUUCCCUAAACAGGGCUGCCUUCAGAUGUCUUUUAAAAGUAAGAUAGUUGCUUAUUUCCUGACAUCUGAUGGGAGGUAUCUAGGUAUCUAAGGUAUCUAGAUAGGAUUGGAAAAGACUGGCCACUGUCUAAAAAUCUGGAGACUCAGUGUAGAUAGGCAACCUGUGGUCCUUCAGAUAUUGUUGGACUCCAACUCUCAGCCCCAGACAAUAGAGCCAGUGGUCUUGGAUGAAAGGAGUUGUAGUUCAACAAUAUAUUUGGACUCUCCAUCUCCCAUCAACCCCAGCCAGCAUGACUAAUGGUCAGGGAUGAGUGGAGUCAUACUCCAACAACAUCUGGAGGGCCCCAGGCUCACCAUCCCUGGUGCAGACACUGCUGAGCUUGGAGAACCAGUUGUUUGAUUUGGUAAAAGGUAGCUCAUUUGCUCCUAUCUGCCAGCUCUUGCAUUUAACUGUUUGUAGCAGUGGUGGGGCAGCAUAAAAUCUACUGCCAGAGGCAGAAUUCUAGUUACCAGGAAUGGUGAGUGGGAAGAGCACUAUUGCACUCAGGUUCUGCUUUGGGGCUUUCCAUAGGCAUCUGAUUGACUUCUAUGAGAACAGGUUGCCAUUGGCCUGAUUCUUAUGUUAUUCACUCCAACCAUGCCUAAUACAACUUGAAACUGUUGUGGCCAUAUGCAUUACCUUCUCUUCAAUGGCUGGAGGGAAGCCCAUGGCUUGGAUCAUACCACACAUUAUACUGAAGGUUUAGCAGGCAGAGGGGCUGCUUUGGUGAGUGUACAUGGAAGCAGGCCAUAACUACCAUGGGCUAUUACGUGUGAGUACAGCUCACGCAUUUUAGCGAGUCUUCUUGCUACACAUCCUAAAUUAUACUCCACCCUCCAGCAGCUAAAUGAAAUAGAACAUAUGUGGGAGUUUGUAGUGUGCAAUGCAGAGCUUAAUGGGCUUGUAUCCUUCUAAUAGACCUGAUGUCUCAUAUCUUGGUUUGCCACAGUUACUGGAGAGAUAUUCAUUUUUAAUAUGAACCUACCUAGUUGACGCUUCCUCAAAUGCAGCUGUGCUGUGAGAUUUCCACCUUUCGAAAUUUCCCCCCUAAUUAUUUCCAACCCAAUAAUUAGUACAAAAAGUUGCAUGUUAGAGGAGGAAGUCGCAUGCCUGUGGUAUAGUGUUUAGAGUGUUGGACUAAGAAGUGGGGGAUACCAAGUUUCAAAUCCCUGCUCCGCCAUGAAAUUCACUGGGUAACUUUGGGCCAGUCUUUCGACCUAACCUACCUCCCAGAGUUGUUUUGAGGAUAAAAAUGGGGAAGAAGAGAGUGCUGUGAUCACACUGAGCUCCUUAGAGGAAAAGAGGUAUAUAAAUUUAAUAAAACAGUAGUCAUAUAUUUGUGAAAAUAACAGGAAAGGGGGCAUUCAAUUGAAAAUAAUUGCUUGCAAAAAUGGGUCUGCUCAGCAAGGGAGGAGCACUGUAACACCAUCUGCAACUGGUGUGAUCCUUUCUCUGUAAAUUUAAACCUACAGGUUUCACAUCUCUCUGUUGUCUAUUUGGUCUUCCUGCCCCCUCCAUAUUGCCAAGGCAGAUGUGUUCAUUGAUAAAAAGCACUACAGCAAAACAAUUGCUUUUGAUGUGACCGCGUACACACUGUUGCAUCAAGAUUGCUUCUUUGUGCAAUUGCUUACUGAUUCGCCUGUGAAAUCCUGUGCGUUGAGCAACCACUCUUUGCAGGGAGGCAAUAAAAGUAAAGUAACAGAUAUGGAAAUUGUUCGUUGUGUUGUUGUUUUUAUCCCUAAUGUGCAGGGUUUUGGUGCAGAUCUGCAUCAAUGAAAUAUUCCCUCUGCCAGCUCCAAAGCAAAAGCCAUCUGGUUCUGAUCAUUUGCAUCAUUGCAUCCACAUUCUUCUUCUAUAGUGUUUUGUCCAGGGCGGAUCAUUCCAUUAGAACGGCAGUUUCCAAUACUUUUGAUAUGGUGAAACAUGCAUUCAAUUUCAAAUUCAUUAUUUAUUACUGUUUAUUUAUUACAUUUAUAUAUGUCACAGACUGGUUGGAUGCAGAAACAACAACAAUAGAAACAAUAAAACAACAACAAAGCAAUAAUCCCCCCUCCCACGACACAUUUCAGAGGGCAUUGGGUGUCAACCAGCCAAUCAGCCAAAGGCCUAGCUGAAGAGGAAUGUUUCUGCCUGGCAUCUAAAGAUAUAUAAUGAAGGAGCCAGCUGAACCUCCGUGGGGAGAGCAUUCCACAAAAGAAGAGCCACUGCAGAGAAGACCCUGUUCUCGUACUGCCACCCUCCAACCUCUCAUGGAGGAGGCACAUGAAGAAGGGCCUCAGAGGACGAUCUCAGGGUCUGCAUACGUUCAUAUGGAGAGAGAAGGUCCUUGAGGUAGUGCAGUCCUGAGCCAUUUAAGGCUUUAUAGAUGAAAAACAGCACUUUGAAUUGGGCCUGCUAAGUACUUGCAAAGUUAUUCAUAGUUUCUUUUAUUUGAUUGCAGGAUAUUGCUUCAUAAGCUAUACAUUUUUAUUCUAAGGCCAGAUGACUUUGCAUCAGAGGGAUGCUGUAACAGUCACUCUAAAUAACAUUCUAUAUGAGCACCUUGAGCUGAAUUGUCACCUCAUUAUUUAUUUAUUUAUUUAUUUAUUUAUUUAUUUAUUUCCUACCCUUCACCCAAGAUCCCAGGGCAUAUUACAACACUAAAAGGCAAUUUUAAAAAUGUGGACAGACAACAUGAAUACUUGUCACUCUAAAGGGCUUUCGACCAGGAUGUUAGCUGCAACUAGAAUUUCAAAUUCCCAGCCAUAGAAAACCUGGAAAGCAAAUGUAUUUGGCUAUUUCACACAAGAAUAUGGGGAUUCAUAUAAACUGUGUGUUUCCAGGAAGUUCAGAAGAUCCAGAAUGCUUUUAUGAAAUCUGGUGGAAUUUUAUUUCCUAUGCUUUGGACUUAGACACUCAUCAUUCUCUAUCCAUUCCAUCUUCAGGAGCAGGGGUGUCUUGGUUUAUAUUGGUUUCUUUCUCUUGUCAUUUAUUUAUUCUUUGCUUUUGCUUAUUUAAGGGGUAGUCAACCUUUUUAUACCUACCGCCCACUAAUGUGUCCAUCUUGAUGGUAAAAUUUCCUUACCGCCCACCAGUGCUCAAUGGAAGGAGGAUUCAGCUUGUGCUGUAGAACCCCCUACUGCCCACCUAGAGUCCUGAAAUGCCCACUAGUGGGCAGUAGGGACCAGGUUGAAAACCCCUGGCUUAUUUUAUUGGCAUCUGUCUGGGAGACAAUAGAAGAGUGUGCUGUUGGAGGUAAAGUCAAACUGUUGCAGAGUUACAGCGCCUGCUGUGGCCGUAGAGACCAAUAUGGGAUAGAUAUAUUUUGUUGCAUCUGGGGUAGAAGAAGGCAUCUGGUUUCUCUUGUACAGUUGCACCAUGCUCCUCCCAGUGAUCAUUUCUUCUCUGGUUAUUACUGUGGAUACAAGAACUGACUGUUUGUCUCUAAGCACUGCAGUCGUCUAGGAUGGAAGGGUUAAUGUUGCCAGCCUUCAUGUCAUGACUGCAGACAUCUUUGUAAUCAGGGUGCCAGGGUGCAAAGAUCUGCCCAACCCCCCCUCCGGUUGCCCAGUCCCAGGUGCUCAGGAGGACGGAGCCGGCUGGCCGCCUCAGCAUCUCGCUGGCUUGGCCACUCCCAAACUCGCAGCGCAGAGCCACCUGCAGCAGAAGAGCCUGCCGUGGUGCUCCAACCAAUGGGCGGGCUCUUCCCCAGACUUAAUUCUCGGGCCCCGGACUCUCAGCCUGGAACCCCUGAGAGCCCAGAGCAUGGGUGUCCCACACCCCUAGCGCCUAUGGGUAAGACGGCCCUGUUUGUAAUGCAAAGUUGGCCUGCCAACAGGCCUAGUCCCUGAAGCCCUCUCCUUGUAAAGCACAUCCUUGGUAAUCCUGCCAUCUUCCAUUCUCUGUACAUGACCAAGCCAACUUAGAUAUCUCUAAGACAGAAGUAUAAACAUGCUGAGCAUGUAGGCUUGGAAGAGCACAUCUUUGUUUGAGACUCUGUCAUGUGAUGCCCCAAAUCUUCCUGAUGCUGUAUAUAUGAAAGCCACUGAAGUAUCACUCCUGGCAGGUGUCAGUUGCCCACGACUCACUUCCAUAAAACAGCGUGCUCAACACGCAAGCCCAGUAGACCUUCAUCUUGGUAUGAGAGCUUCUCCAUUUGGGGAAACACAAAUGUGCUGCUUGUGGGUUUCUCAUAGGAUCAGUUGGGCCACUGUUAGAACAGAACACUGGACUAUGAUGGAUCUUUGGCCUGACUCAGCAAGUUCUUCUGUCUCUGGUGGUGGUGGGGAUAUGCAAAAGAACAGAAGCAACCCAAACCUGUAGCAACCUGCAGAUGCUCCCAUUACAUAAUUAACGUUAGAAAAUCUUUGUGGUUUGGUGAGGAUUCAGGCAGUGUGGAACGUGGGACUGAAUAAAUUAGAGGAGGCAAUUAAAGGAACAGGUUGAGGAAUGGCCUUUCAUCCCAACAGUUCCCGUGCUGACAUUUGCAAUGGCUCCUCACCCAUUCCUCUCUACGUUCUCCCCAAAGGUUUUUCCUUCUCUAUUUCUCUUCUCUCCCUGACACCCUUUCUUGUCUAUCUCCCUGCCCAGUGGACCACCAGAGGAGUGGACCACCUGUGAGAGGCCUGAUCUGAUCUCUUGCCCAGAGCUCUUGAACAUCAACCAAGAGCCACCAGUUGCCCACCCUUCUCUAAAGACUUCAGACUGUGUCCUGAAGUCACAUGUGGUGGAACAUUCAGAGACCGCAUGAAGCUUAAUGUAGGGGGGAAAUGGAGUGUCAUUUGAAUAAUCUCUCAGAUGUGGCUGAAAAAAAUUAAUGCGGCUGGAUCAGGAAGUUUCUGGGAAUCAGUUUCGCUCAGGGAUAUCUUCUGAGUUAGGCAAAAGAAAAGCCUAUGCAAUUGACUUCUCCCAAAUGAUUCCCAUAAAGAACAUGAAGGGCCAAUGCACUGCGGUCAGAGAGCUCGCUUUGAGGUUAGGCUAAUAAUAAAGCCCAUGAAGCAAUGUGUUCUCAAUUGUUCCUGACUAUAAAACAGCCACAUGUGUAAGACAAACAUCACGUCUCAUCCAAAGAAUAAAAAAAGCAGAAGAUCCCAAGCAGGUUUCCCGACAAUUAGAGCAAAUUGAGCCGCGUGGAGCAAAUUUUGGCCGGGAUAUAAUUAAGACCUUUGUGUUCAAAGGCUGCCUCAUCCCCUUAAGGCUGUCUGAGAAUCUUUAUAAAAGCUUGCCAUGACUCUUAAAAAGAGCUUAUUUGAAUCCAGCCGCAGAGGGAACCAGGUAAGCCUGAUUUGACAUGAGCUUGCUUAUGAUGCUUCUUUGACUGUUUCCGUUCUGAAUUGCCCCCCACAACCCAACAAGGAGCCCAUCUAGGACCUGCUUAUUUUGUGAAAAGUCCAGUUGACUGAAAUGGGAGCACCUUGGAUUAAAACAAGAAUGCUUCUUCAAGCAUCUUGAAUGACUUAGACAGAGCACCUCUUGUGUAAGCAGAAAGUCCAAGGUCCAAUCCCUGGCAUCUCUAGGUAAGGAUUGGAGGGACCCCUGCCUAAAAUCCUGGAAGGCAAGUGCCACUCAGUGUAGACAAUAUUGACCUAGAUGGACCAGUGUUCUAACUCAAUAUAAGGCAGAUUCCUCUAUUCUUGUGUAAGCGCACUUCUUCUUUGUAAUGCUUGAGUUGAUAGUCAAAUUGUUUGCCCCUUUACGUCCUUUCACAUCAGUCAAAAUCUGGACCAUUGACAGCUACCUUUUUAUCCAUGACUUUGUUUAAUUGUUUAAGGAAGGGACAUAGCACUCAUAACUCCUGGAUAUUACUAGAUUCCAUGGGUUUGGUCAAGAAAACUCUUAGGAUCCCUUCCAACUCUACAAUUCUGUGGAUCCUAAGAUUAGAUACCUUAAGGAAGAAAAGUUGUUUUCCUAACCCACCUCCUGCACCCCCUAAAAACUUCUCCAGAGAAUCAGAUAGGUCCUCCUAGGGUGGUUUGCUGGGUUUUGCUGGGGGAAGAGGGAUUGUUUCAAACCAGGCUUAGAAUCUAAAAUGAGCUGAGUAAGGUCAUGACAAGGAAGCUUCCCACUGCUUCCUUCAUUCAUGAACCUCCCUCUUCAUUCCACAAUGGUCUGGAGGCCCCGAUCCCCAGGCCACAGGUAGCUUCAGAGAGGACAAGGGAGUAGAAACUUUCCUUCUGUGAACUUCCUUCACUAAAUGCAUCUUGGGAUCUAAGUCACUAAGGCUUAAAUCUGAGUAGGCAUGCAUGUGUUUUGCUGUACAUGACUGUCUGUUGGUGUUCACUACAAUUGGCAGUGGGGAAAAGUCAAAAUUCAGUGAUGCUUAUGGGAAACCAAAGGAUGAAUCUUUACAAACUUUCUCUUCUUCUUAAUUCACCCUCUUAUUCUUAUUCUUCUCACUGUAGUUGUUUUUGUUGGUGGUGAUCAAGUAUAGCUGAGAAACAGGGAUGGGGAGAAAUUCCAUGAAAACCCCAUAAGUCAUUCAGAGAAGGAAUCCCCCACUGGAUUCUGAAUUUCACUUGCAAGGAUCUUUUGUCGACAAUUCCAUCAUUCCAAUGUAGUCUUCAGUCCCCUCUCUGUAUUUUAACUGGAACCUAGGAAGCUGCCUAUACUGUGUUUGACAACUGAUCGAUCUAGCUCAGUACUGUCUAGACUGACUGGCAACUUCCUUUCCCAGCCAUACCUGGAAAUGCUGGGGGUUUCACCUGGGGCUGUCUGCCUGUGAAGCUGAUGCUCUACCACUAAGCUACCACCCUUUCCCAUCCCCUCCCUUCCUGUCAGCCUCAUCCUGCUUUGCUUUCUUUCUGUCUCCUUCCACUUUUGAUUUUCAUGGCUGAAAAUCAAAAUACCCUUAAUGGCACAAAGACAACCACAUUUAUCAAUUCCUCCAUUGAUUCCCAUUUGGCUAGAAAUUGCACCCUGCUUUGGAAAAUACAAAUUGAGAUGGCCUGCCAUUCACAUUUUCUUUUUUCUUUUUUAGAAAUUCUUUUUAUUCACUUUCAUUUUUAACAAUUACCAUCAUACUCAAAUCAUAAUCAUUUUACAAGUAGGAUUAUCAGAAUCCGAAGACGUCCCUCCACCCCUCCAUGGUUUCCCUAAAUAUUCUUUUCAAACUGCAUUGUAUCAUAUUUUCCAUAUUUUCUUAAAACUCAGUUGUAACCAUAAUUCUCGCUUCAUUGCAAGUGUUUGCUUUUUUUACAAUUCUGCCAAUGUUUUUAAUUGUUUACAGUGUUCUUUCAAGUAACUUAUAAAAUUUCCCCGUUCUUUAUUAAAUUGAUUGUCCUCUUGAUCUCUGAUCAAGUUCUAUUCAUAUUUUCAAUAUAGCAUUAGACAAUAAAUAGGUAGAUAUCUUCUUCAGGUUUCCAAAAUACUGACUCUAGAAAUGAUUGGGAAUGGACAUAGAUCUGCGGCCACUUCAGACUGGUGUUUUUGUUUGUUUGUUUGUUUGUUUGCUUGUUUGUUUGUAAUCUAUUUAUUUUGGUAGGUGUGUUCUGAAACAUGUUAUUGAUGCAAUAAGAGUGCAAUACUGGUGACUUAUACUGUGGCAUUAUUCUGCUUUAUGAGCUGUUCUGUAGUGUUUCUCUAUUGCUACUGCAUUAUCUGGAGGGGCACUUCGUGCUAUAGUUCAAGAAAAGAGGAGCAAAACAGGAGCAUCUGCAGUGUAAAAACUUACAGGAUAUCAGCAAGAGGUUAUGGGCUGUGUACCAGUUGGAAAGAAAGCUAUAUACCCACCCCUUAAACUCUUGCUGGUGUAAUUAGUAUUGGAAGUGAAUAAUCACACAAAUAAUCACAAAUUGGCAAUAAUAAUAAGGGCUUCCUGAGGGCACUCUGGUCAAGGAUGGAGAAACUGUGGACCCCUAAAUUUUUCCAGUAUCCAAAUCCCAUCAGUCCCGGUAGCACAGUGAAUGGCCAGGGAUGCUGGGAGACACAGCCCAACAGCUGCUGCAAAGUCACAUAUUCCCUGUUGCUGACUUGCACCCAGUUCUUUGAUGUCAACCAUAGUACGAGUUUUGCUGUUAGUAGUCUAAAAUUUACAGGAAGGUCUUAAAUGGGAGUGAGGUGCAUUCAUUUUAAUUAAAAAUGAGCAAGGAACUGGUUUACAUCAAGGAUACUUGCAGUUUCUCCCUCUGGCAAACAUAUCCCAGUAAAUACAACAGAUGAAUCCCGUGCUCUGUAUAGUCAUUUCAUCCCAGGCUUCUCCAAACCGACUCAUUUAUUUGUUCAGAAGUCAAAGUGUUGCUUUUGGAAACCCGCCUAAACUGGUUCUUGAGAUGAUGAGACUAGCCCUUUAGCAAUUAAGAUAGCUUCUGGAAUGCUAUCCACACCCUGCUCACCACGCUCUCAUUUCUCUCAAAUGCUCUCUGAAUUGUCAAGUUAGCUUCCCUUUCGACAGAUGAGUUUAUUUUACAUAUCCAUCUAUUUAUUUUGAUCAAUUGUAUACCACUUAGCUACAGUCAUCCGUGGUAUGCUAAAGAAAUACCAUUGGGAUAAACUCAGAAAUGACUUAAGAUACCUGCUGAUUUUUAAGAAGUCUUUUUCCGCAAGGUGGUGGAAGUUCAACAGGGAGGUGGCUUGCUGAUCUCAGCAGGGAGGGAGCGCCAUAGAACUGGUUCCACCAUAACUGAACACACAGCUCCUGAUGGAUUCAAGCCAUACAUAAUUUGCAUUUUGCAAUAGAUAGCGUAGAAAGGAUUUGCAUUCUCAUUUCUGUGAAAUGGAUACGCAGAUAUUUUCCCCUUCCCUCUUGCAUCUGUCACAAUUGUGUGUGGGCAUCUCAUUCCCAUCUUUCACUCCAGUAGUGCAUGAUUCAGAUAAGCGGACUACGCCCAUCUUGGAGCUUACUCAAAGAUAUUCUCCUUUAUGUAUUGCUAUACCUCUGCUACCCGUGUCCUCGUUUCACAGCAUAUAUCAAGGUGUGCAGCCUGCUAGGUAGGUUCCCCCCAAUCACAAUGGCCUUGCUCAGGAAUAAUAAUAAUAAUAGUAAUAAUAAUUUAUUUAUACCCUGCCCAUGUGGCUGGGUUUCCCCAACCACUCUGGGUGGCGUCCAACAAAAUAUCAAAAUACAAUAAUCCUUCAGAUAUUAAAAGGUCCCCUAAACAGGGCUGCCUUCAGAUGUCUCCUAAAAGUCUGGCAGUUGUUUUUUUCUUUGGCAUCUGGUGGGAGGGUGUUCCAUAGGGCAGGCGCCACUACCAAGAACACCCUCUGCCUGGUUCCCUGUAACUUCACGUCUUGCAGUGAGGGAACCGGCAGAAGGCCCUUGGUGCUGGACCUCAGUGUCCAGGCUGAACGAUGGGGGUGGAGACGCUCCUUCAAGUAUACUGGGCCGAGGCCGUUUAGGGCUUUCAAGGUCAGCACCAACACUUUGAAUUGUGCUCAGAAAUGUACAGGGAGCCAAUGAAGAUCUUUCAGGACCAGUGUUAUGUGGUCUCAGCGGCUGCUCCCAGUCACCAGGCUAGGUGCCGCAUUCUAGAUUAGUUGUAGUUUCCAGGUCACCUUCAAAGGUAGCCCCAUGCAGAGCGCAUUGCAGUAGUCCAAGUGGGAGAUAACUGGAACUAGGAACAAGAGGGUUGGAGGUUCUCAGGUUCCUCCUUGACCUCUUCCUGAUGAGAUGUCUGUGCCAGUUACACAGUGAGGCAGUUAAGCAGCUUCAAGUUCUAGGUUGCAUCGAGGGGAGGGAUUCCUUUUCAGAAGUUAACACACUUCUGAUGUAUUGAAGGCUUCUUCUUCUCAUUAAGACCAUUAGAAGAGUCUGGCUGCUGUAUGGGGUCAAAGGUGAAUCUCAUUCAACAUCCUGUUCUCAUGAUGGCCAAGCAGAACACAGGAAGAUGCCAUAUACCAAAUCACACCAUUAGUCUAUUUAAUUCUAUAUUGCAUGCCGAGGCCCGAGGCCCCACAGUUCCCUUAUAUAAUAAAUAUGCAGACAUGAAUAUUUUAGGUUAAGGGGAUAAAAUAGGCCACAACUUUGAUUUGAGCGCUUUGGCUUAAGCAUUGGGUGAAACCAGACUAUAUCCUGACUCCUGCCCGUCUGCAGGGAGUCUCACUAAGGGUAAACCACCAGUAGGGGGAGCCCUAUGACGAAUGUCAAAUAGGGGCACCCCCAGGGUCCCCUAUGGGGUCAUGGCAUGGCCCUAGACUACACCCAGGCUUCGGACAGGAUCCACACCCCUGGAACCCUUUAAGAGCAUACCCUUAUUGAGGAGGGGCAGAGAAAGGAGGACACCCCCCGCAGCCGUGCCGCAGUUUAAAUGGCCUGUAAUAAUAAUAAUAAUAAUAAUAAUAAUAAUAAUAAUAAUAAUAAUUUAUAUCCUGCCCAUCUGGCUGGGUUUCCCCAGCCACUCUGGGCAGCUCCCAACAGAAAAUUAAAAAUAGAAUCAAACAUUUAAAAACUUCCCUAAACAGGGCUGCCUUCAGAUGUCUUCUAAAAGUCAGAUAGUUGUCUAUUUCCUUGACAUCCGAUGGGAGGGUGUUCCACAGGCAGGUGUCUCUACCGAGAAGACCCUCUGUAGCCACACCCCCAGCCGUGUCGAUUGGACAGCUGGGGGUGUGAUGCGGCUGGGAGUCCCCAUGACACAGGUGGCAUCCCUCCAUCCUCCAGCUGGGUCACUGGGAGGUCCCGGACUUGUCUGCAAUGAGUGUCAGUGUCUCCCCAGAAGUUCAGACUGGGUUUUCUUCCAGCCCUGCCUGGAGAUGUUGCGGACUGAACUUGGAUAUAACACAGAUGUUCUACAACUAUGGAUCUUCCCUCAAAAAUAAUUCUAAUAUUCUAGUCCUCAUCAUUCUGAAUAAAGUGCUGUAAUAAACAGAAAUAUGAAAAGCUGCAUUAGUCCAAGUAAGACCAUUGAUCCAUUUAGUUCAGUAUUGUCUACAUUGACUGCCAGCGGCUCUCCAAGAUUUCUGCCUCUUGCAACCCUCCCUGGAGAUGCCAGUGAUACAAAUUGGGAUGCAUUUUUAUGCAAAGCAAUUUCUUUCCCAUCAAACUUUGUUUAUUUAUACUGGAUUUUAUGUUGAUGUGUUUUAUUGUUUUACAUUUUUAGACUUUGUAUUGCAAACUGCCUUGAGAUGACAGUGUAAUGAAGGGCAGGCCAUAAACUGGGUUAAUAAGCAAACAAAAGAAUUUCUUGAAUUUAUGAGCCACCCUAAUUAAACAAUAAUAACAGUUCUAUGGGCGUUGUGCUUGGGAAAAGAGCUAAAACUAAAGCAUGCCAUAAAACAACUCAAUGGAAUCAUUGCAUGAAUAAAAAACACCUCUGCAACAGUAGAAUUAUUACAUUCAGAUGCAAAACUGAAUGUUGACACACAUCAAGAUGUCGUCAUCCAAUCUAACAAGACAUAGACCGGCUAUGAAAGCUAAAACCAGCCAGAUUUUCAUUAUUCUGUACAAACUAAAAAAAGAAAAUAAAACAAUAGCAAUGAUGUUAAGAGACAUGAAUAGAUCUUAAAUAGGCUGGCAUUCUAAAAAUAAAAGCUUUGUGUUGGAGAACAUUCCACAGGUAGGGGAGCCAGGCUGACUCAGAACAUUUGGGAAAAUACAGUAUCCCCACACAAACAUUCCAUAUAGAGAAGCUGGCUACCUCAUCAUUGGCAAUGGAAUGUCAUCCCCCACAGAACCUGAAGGUAGCAGGUGGGUUAGGAAUUGUCUUAUAUUGAGUCUGACCCUUCAUGCAUCUACCUCAACAUCGUCUACAAGGACCAACAGUGGCUCUCCAGGGAUUCAGGCAGGGAGACCUACCUGGAGAUGCUAGGGAUUGAACCACUGAACUAUGCAGCCCUCACCUUCAAAAUAACAGUAAGAUUCCAGUCCUCAUGGUUCUGAACAAAGGUCUGGUUUAGAAAACAGGAACGUAGAGAGAAUAAGCUUGUUUUCUCCUGCUCAGGAGGGUAGGGCUCGAACCAAUGGCUUCAAGUUACAAGAAAGGAGAUUCAGACUAAACAUCAGAAAGAACUUUCUGACAGUAAGAGCUAUUCGGCCGUGGAAAGUUCUCCCUCAGGUGGUGAUGGACUCUCCUUCCUUGGAGGUUUUUAAGCAGAGGUUGGAUGGCCGUCUGCAAUGGAUGCUUUAGCUGAGAUUCCUGCAUUGCAAUGGGUUGGACUAGAUGACCCUUGGGAACUCUUCCAGCUCGAAAAGUCUAUGAUUCUAAGCUAGCUUAUGCAGAGUCCAACCAUUGGUGUCUACACUGAUUGGCAACAGCUCUUUGCCCAACAUAGAGAAAUCUCCUUUAUACCAAAUUAGGCCAUUGGUCCAUUUAGGUCAGUACUGUCUCUAAGGUGACUGGUUGUGUUUCUCCAGAACUUCAGACAAGGCUUCUUUCCCAGCCCUAUCUGAAGAUGCUAGGGACUGAACGUAGGACCUUCUGCAUUCAAAACAGAUGCUCUACUUCUGAGCUAUGGCCCUUUCUUGGGUUGUUGUUUAGGGGGGCACCUGAGGGCUCCCGCUGCCAAGCAUCCCCCCAUGAUGGUUGCUGUAAACUGCCUCAUGGUAGGACAGACCCUGCAGAGUGUAGAGGGCACAGUCAAUGGCGUUGCUGAUUUAGCUCAAACUCUGGUGAAGUUUGCUGAAUUGAACUAUUUUCUUGGGGGGUUGGAUAAUUUAGUCUUCUGUUUGUAAGCCCGACUGGGGAAUUUCACCCUAUCAUUUCUUUUGAAGUCCAACCCUUAAUAGAGACACACCUUUUCCAACCUCUAAUUUAGAAACCACAAAUGCUUCUUCUUCCCCUUUGACUUGUUUCCUCAUUGUAGAAACACCCAUCUUGUAGAUGACUUUCCUCCCCUAACCGGUCUGUCAUUGCGUCUAUUUCUAUGAUGCAUCCCUGAUCUCAUCUGGGCCUUUCAAGGGUUGCUGCUUGGGCUGGUGAGACAUAAUUAGAAAUGCUGAGAAAGCUAGGGAGAGAGAAAAAAAUAAUAAUAAUCAGGGAGUGCCUGAGCUCUCCUAACACAUAUAAAGCCAGGGGCAAUAGCCCUGUAACUCCACAUAGGUGAUGAGUUCCUUAGUGUCAAGCAAGAGUGAAGCAGGUAUGUACCAAAUUCACAAUGCUCCUCAUUGAACUGGACUCUCAAAGAAGUCAAGGAAUCAGAGGAAGGAAGGAAGGAAGGAAGGAAGGAAGGAAGGAAGGAAGGAAGGAAGGAGAAGGGGAAAUUGUGAGCAGGCAAAGGGACGUAGGGAGGACAGUGUACCCUUUGGAAUGUGACCUGCACCCAGAGGAAAGGAUGUUUCCAAAAUGGCCAUGGGGCUGCUUUAUGUAAGCAAGUCACCAUAAUAACCAGCCAUGCAAGCCAUGUGGAAGGCAGAAGAAAUUCAAACAGGUCAUUAGAAAUGUCACAAAGAAUCCCAGGCAGGCAGGAAAGGAUUCAUUUGGAGCAAUUGAGGCAGGCUGGUCAUUUGUGAGCAAGUGCAAUUGCCAUUUCCAGCGGGAAGUGAGUGACAGAGAGCCACGGGCCCUGGUUCCCUAGAUUCUUCCAUGGUCUCCCCAAAAUUGCAAGAACAGCCAGGCACAUGAAGAGUUUGUAAUGAAUUUGGAGAGUCUUUGUGUGGAGUUUUGAAGAACACAGAUGGAAGAUUAUUUAUUAAUUUGUUAUUUGCAUUCUCCUCCCCACCACCAACUCACAAUACAACUUCUCUACAUGAUUCUUAUAUUCAAGGAUGGAAAAAGUGUGGCCCUUCUCAAGAUGCUGUUGGACUACAACUCCCAACAGCCCCAGAAGCCAGUCUGGCCAAUAGUCAGAAGUGUUGAUGGGAGUUGUAGUCUAGGGAGAUCUGCAGGGGUAAGACUAUUUUUGUAGACAUGGAUGUAGGUAGGCUAUUUUAGAAUCUGGACUUGAUAACCUUAUAGGAAAGCAAGUAGGGAAACUGGUGCCCUCCAGAUGUUGUUGAACUCCCAUCAGCUCCAGCAACCAGCAUAGCUGAUGACCAGGGACCAUGAGAGUUGUAUUCCAACAACAUCUGGAGGGCCUAAGGUUCCCCGACCCUGUUUUAAGUAGACAGACAACAAUGGAAGAGGUUGGAAGAGGGUCUUCACAUUCCUGUUGACUCUGAACUUGGCCAAGAGUGAAAUUCCAAGGUAAAAUUGGGGGCUUUGAGGUUGUACAAAGGCAUAUGGGAAAUUGAGAGAAAAGCUACAAUCACUUCUCUGAGACUAGUGGACUUUUAUGAGGAUGGAAGUAUGGUGGCUCCAUCUAAGUACCGUAUGUCCUUUUUUAAAUAGCCUCAGAACACCAAACUAACUCUGCUUCUCCCUGAUCUAUUUUCUGUCUCCAGGCUGAAAUCCAUUCUAACAGAAUGUCCACAUCAGGUGUGAAGUGCGUCACCACACCAUGUGUCACGUCGUGCCCGGAUGCAAAAGUGGUGAUACAUCCACCACCGAUGGUCCUCACUCUACCAGGACUGAGCCUCACCACAGCCCCUAACCAAUGUCUGGUGGAAACCCAGACGUCGUGUCUCACCAAUGGCUCCGAGCUAUGUGGUGAUGGAUCUUCCAAAGCAAUUGUCACUAAAUCCUCUGGUCUGCGUGCUGUUUCCGGUGGAGACACCCCGUGUUGUACGACCACCUGCCCUGACUCGCAAGUGGUGAUACAGCCACCUCCUGUUUGCAUUACAAUUCCAGGUGCAGUCCUCACUAGCUACCCCAAUGAAUGCCUCAUCCAGACCUCAAACCCCUGUGUCCCUAGCGGUUCCCAGCCACAUGCCAUUGCCCGCUCUACGUCAGUUUCUGACUGCUCCCUUACCCCACAGCGUAUGACUCGUUCUACCUCUGUCCCAUGCGGUCUCAAUAGCACACCGGCAUGUGUGACACAAGGUCCUGGUUCCAAAGUGGUGAUAUACCCACCACCGAUUGAGGUCACCAUCCCUGGCCCUAUUUUGGAAAUUGCUGCAGAGGAGUGCACAGUGGAGGUCUACAACCCGUGUGACACUGCCGGUGCCAUCACCAGUGGUGAAGAGCGAUGUGCCAUCACCAGUGGCGAAGAAGGGGAAGUCAAAGCCCUGACGGCACGUGCCUUGUCCUGCACUAAAGUGUGUGGGGUGUUGGGUGCUUCUUCUUCAUGCGUCUCCCAAGGACCAGAGAUGAAGAUUGUCAUCCAGCCCCCUCCCAUUGAAGUUGACCUUCCUGGACCAAUCCUCCAAGUCUUCCCAGAAGCGUGCAAAGUGGAAACACUUACCCCAUGUGCUCCUGAGCCACAGGCACUGUGCAGCAGCAGUGAUCCAGCUACCUCAACAGCUCUUGCCACCAGGACCAGCUCGCUGUCCACCAUAAAACGUCCUCUGCCUGAUAUGAGAAGGCCUGCCCGCCCUUGGGCUGAGAUGUACAGCCGGUCCAUAACUCCAAGGAGCAUUUUGGCCAAGACUUCCAGAUUUUCCAAAUACCACCAUGGCUUCAGCACUUCAAGCUAUCAGUCAUCUUACUGA